GUCAUUGUAGCUUCCUGUUCACUUGUGGAGUCCAGCAGCUGCGAUGGCGAUGGAAGCGUGGUACAUGGACAGCUCGGCCGAGGACCAGAGGAGGCCGCACCAACUGGAGCCGAACCAGCCCGCCUCACUGGGAGCGCUGGAGCAGCUCGGGGUGUUCCACAGGAAGUUGAACGCUGAUAUCUACGAAACAGACCCAGAGCUGGAGCAGAUCCGCAAAGACCAGGGCUACAGCUACAUGGACAUCAUCACCAUUCACAAGGACACACUACCGGGCUAUGAGGACAAGCUGAAGAUGUUCUUCGAGGAGCACCUGCACCAGGACGAUGAGAUCCGCUACAUCUUGGACGGCCGGGCCUACUUUGACGUCAGGGACAAGGAGGACAGAUGGAUCCGAAUUUCUAUGAGCAAAGGAGACUUGAUCACUCUACCGGCAGGAAUCUACCACCGCUUCACCCUGGACGAGACCAACUACACUAAAGCCAUGCGGCUGUUUGUGGGGGAGCCUGUGUGGAAGGCGUACAACCGUCCAGCUGAUGACUUGGACAUCCGUUCGAAGUACAUGGCUUCUCUGCCGGGAUCCUGAGAGAGGAAGAUGCUGCACACGUUGUCCUCAUCGACAGACUGGAAUCCAUCCUGGUCUCUGAUUGGGUUCUACCAGGGCAAUGUAGCAGGUUUUCCAUCAGUUAGUUAAAGGAGAUUAAAACAGAAUGAUUAAGAUGUUUAUAUCGAGGCAAAUAAAAUGAUGUAGCGUACAUUUAGACAGACUCAGUGGAAAUCUGAAUAAUUACUUGAAUCCUCCCAGGACAGAACCCUUGCAGGAUGAAGGAAUAGAUUUAUGGAGAUGGAAUUUGUAAUGACCAGUUGCAUCAUGGAGAUGAUCAUUAACAUCCCCAAAUCUGACCUAAAUCUGUGAACUGUGUCAUGCUUGUUGAUGAAGAAAUUGAAGUGAGAUUGAGAGAAAUAAACAAAUAAAUCUAAACCCAGACAAUCUCCAUAUCACCAGCUACUGUUAAAAUAGGUUUACAAUAAAUAGCAAUGUUUCACUCAGGAAGGGGCCGUUUGGCAAAUGAGCCCCUCUGUCUUUGGUACGUUCUUUAAAUAUGUAGCUGGUGCUUUUAUAUUAUGUAGGUAUAAAUUAUUAUCUAUAUAUAAGUUCAGCUUUUUAGGUUAAGCUUUGAUUGCAGAGAUCUCAAAUGUGCUAAUUAGCACUAGUGCAAACUGACACUUAAUAUUGUUCUAUCACAGAAUUAUGAGCAUCAGUGUAUAUAUCGUACGAUAUAAAAACCUUUUAUUUCAGGGUCAGGGAGAUACAGAAAAAAAAUGGUAAAUGAGAAAUGGUAUAGUCAGUUUGUCCAGCAGAUGGCGCUCCAACUCCAUUGUUUACAGCACUGUCUGCAGUACAUGUAGCGCCACAGCGCUUCACAAUAAAUAACAUACUUGGUACUUUGUGGAAUACUUUACUUAAUGAACAACAACCCCAUCCCUCCUCAGGAUAACGCAAACAAACGUGUAUAUAUCACAACUCCAUAGAAUUUGCACCAGUAUUAGUCGUGCCACAAUUAUCACUAUGAUGUUUCUGAAUACUUCUACCACUGCUGGGUAAUCUGGGUAAAAGUGCAUUCUUCUCUUGGAUUGUUUUGUGUAUACGAGAUUCUGUCAAAUGUCAGCUUCACCAGCAGGGGAGGAAAAUUAACUAGGCAAUGAAUAGGUAGCGUAAAAUAUCCUGGUUGCUGGUGAUGUUUGAUUGUGAGCGUGUGUGCUGCAAAACUUUAUAUCUGAAAAUAAAACUGGCUAUCAGAA